AUGGAGACCCAGGAUGGAGCAGACCUCUGUUUUCCACAAUUGCCCAACAUCUCCUGCAAAGAAAAUGUAUCUUUUGGGUCAAAACGGAAACUGUCUCAGAUAAUAUUGUCCCUCAUCUCUCUUCUGAUUGUAGCUCUCAACCUUCUUGUCAUCAUAUCAGUCUUCCAUUUCAGGCAGCUCCACACUCCAACUAACAUCCUCCUCCUCUCUCUGGCUGUCACAGAUUUUCUUGUGGGUCUCCUGUUGAUGCCGUUUGAAAUCCUCAGACUCACAUCAUGUUGGAUCCUUGGUGAUCUGAUGUGUAUUCUGCUUGAUUGUAUGGCAUAUUGUAUCACAUCUGCCUCAGUUGGAAUUAUGGUUCUCAUAUCAGUCGAGCGCUAUGUAGCCAUCUGUGAUUCUCUGCAUUAUCCAACCAGAGUUACUGUGAGAACAGUUAAACUGUGUGUUUGUCUGUGUUGGGUGUGCUCUGUUUGCUUCAACAGUUUAUUUGUCAAAGAUGACCUGAUUAAUCCAGGCAAGCAUAGUUCCUGUUAUGGAGAAUGUGUAUUAGAUGUUGACUACACGUUAGGAACUGUAGAUCUUGUCAUAACCUUUAUUAUUCCAGUUACAGUCAUUGUAGUUCUGUAUAUGGGAGUGUUUGUGGUGGCUCUGUCUCACGCUCGUGCCAUGCGCUCUCACAUCACAGCUCCCGCAUUUCAUCUUUCAGUAACAGCAGCACCAAAGAAAUCUGAGCUGAAAGCAGCAAGAAAUCUUGGUGUUCUAAUUGUUGUGUUUUUGACAUGUUUUUGCCCUUAUUAUUGUUUUUCCCUUGCAGGUUCCUUUGAUCACAAUUCUGGAUAUUUUCAUGUUUAUCUGUUCUACUUUAAUUCGUGUAUAAACCCUGUGAUCUAUGCAAUGUUGUACCCCUGGUUUAGAAAAGCAGUAAAACUCAUCGUCACACUUCAGAUUUUGAAGCCAGGUUCCAGUGACGCCAACAUAUUGUAGAAAGAGUAAAAACAAAUCUGCUCCAAUUGAUUGACAAACAUAAUUAGAGAUGUGUCAUUUAUCUUCAAAGGGUUAACUGUGUUCUCACAUAUUUUGGCCUGAAGAAGUAACAAAAUUAGAAUACAUGUCU